AUGGAUGAGUUUCUUCUUUGCCAUGAACACGUCUGCGAAUUGAGUCCACUGAUUCCUUCCGCAAAUUCUGAUAAUAAAAAUGGUUUCUUGGGGGAUUCAAACGAGUUUCUUCUUUGUGAUGAAGUUUGGGAUGUGAGUCCAGUUCCAGUUCCUUCGAAUUAUUCUCGUCGUCCUCCAUUUGAUCAUGAUGAUCAAACACAGAAGCUAUAUGGUAAUAAUUCGGUUCAACCGAUUACGAAAGAAGACUUUGAACACUCGUUUGAUACUUAUUUACGAAAGGAAAUGAAGUAUAUGCCUGAAUCAGGAUACAAAGACUUCCUUGAAUCCAAUCGUUUCGUGGCUUCUUGUAGAAUCAAAGCCAUCCAGUGGUUCAUUCAUUCUCAACGGCGGUUUAAUUUCUACAUUGGAACUGUUUAUAAUGCCGUAAAUUACAUCGAUCGCUUUAUCUGCAUCAAUCAGUGCCAUGGGUGGAAUCAUUGGAUGAUGGAACUGCUUUCUGUGGCUUCUUUAUCUAUUGCCAUCAAAUUUGGUGAAACUGGGCUUCCCUCAUUACACGAAAUGCAGGAGGGUUUAGAGUACUGUUUUGAAGCAAAGUUGAUCCAACGAAUGGAAUUGAAGAUCAUGGAGUCUUUAGGAUGGGAACUUAACUGUGUCACUCCUCACUCGUACGUCGAGUUGAUCGCAUGGGAAUUGAAUUCCGUCAUCAAGCCUUACGUUCUUGAUCAAUUAACUUCAAGGCUAAACGACGAUCUUCUUGCCUCUUCUCUUGACGAAGCAUUGCUCGUGUAUCGUCCAAGUGUUAUCGUCAUGAGCGGCCUCAGGCUCGUUCUUGAUGACUUUUUUCCCUCGACAAGACAAGAUUAUCUUUCCCAGCUCACCAGCUUCAUUCCUCCAGAUCAAACUCAAAAUCUACAAACUUGCUGUGAAACAAUGCACCAGAUCUUGGUUAGAUCUCGCAAAUCCGAAGCCAGCUCGAACCCUUCAAGCCCAGACACCGUAUUAACCAAGGAGCAGGUUGCUAUCCGCGAGGGACAGGUUGAUCUAUCGUUCAUGGAAGGACCUGAUAAGAAGAGCAAACUCAAGAGGAAGAGGGGGGAAGAAGAUGAUCAUUGUGUUAUGAUCAAAAAGCAUCAGAAAUCUGUAUAG